UUGACACCCAACUUACAAGUCUAAUCCAUGGCGCACAUUGAUCCGACGCUCAAGUCAGCCGAGCCAUGGGCGAGAAAUAAUUCAGUAGUUUUUCAGCGCUCUGAACUGAUACAAUUGGAUUUGCUCUGAAUAUGUAGCAUCUCCAACACCACUCUUGUUCCAGCUCUCGGACUCUUCCCUAGGCUGUGGCUCCAAACAUUGCCCGUUCAAACCCGUCCACCGCGGCCCCAGCGCACGUUCGACGUCCGGUCCUGAUCGGGCCGCCAGCCGAUACCCCAGAACAUCAGUGCCAUCCAUAUCUAGACGCUGGCAUUUCGAACGUGCCCAGCGGCCUGGCUGCGCCAGUUAAUACUUAAUCAUCCCAGACGCGACUCUCUUUCCGUCCCUCCUUCCAAAGGCACCACACCACGCGGGCCCGCCGCCGCCAUGUCCUCAACGACGACCGCCGUCACAUCCUCCUUCUUGAUGAAGAUGGCCCAGCUCGCGGACACUGAUUGGGACCACAUGCGCGAGGGGUCUAUCUUCCUGCCGACCUUCGUCUUCCUCUGCGCCGCGUAUCUCCUCCUGGGGGCUAGGUUUCCGGUACCGAAGCAGAGCGCCUGGGUGCUCAGCGCCAUUGCCAGCGGAUGCAUGACGGUGGCGUCGCUCCCCUUUGUAUGGGACUACUUCAUGCGCGGGGAUGGAGGAGUGGGCCAAGUGCGUGAUAGAGGAGUGUAUGGGGUUGCCGUGAACCGGUUCUUCCAGGGUUACCUAUGCGCCGACUUGCUCAUGGGGGCCAUAUACUACCGCACCCAAGUGAACCUUCUCACGGGCUGGAUCCACCAUAUCGUUUACGUCGGAAUCUGUGAACUCGCAGUGCGGAGGGAGUGGACACACGUUUUUGGGCUGGCCGCGUGCAUGGAGUUCCCCACCUUCCUCCUUGGGGCCGCCACGCUCGACCCGCGCUUGCGGUCCAACGUCGCGUUCGCCGCCGCGUUCUUCAUAACCCGCAUCUUCUUCCACCUGUGCCUCAUCGUGUCCUACGUGCUGCCCCACAACCGCCCCUCCGGCAGCCUCGUCCCGUGCGGCAUCCUGAUCGCCGUCUUCCCCAUGCACGCGAUGUGGUUCCACGGCUGCAUCCAGGGAUUCAUCCGACGCGCUAAGCAGGUCGCGGGCAAGGCAGGCACACCACCAUCCACGCAUCCACUGUCGCCCGACAUUCACACCGACGCCCGCGCCUUGGCCCGCCACGCCGCCCCGAUGGGCAGCGUGCGCCCCGUCUGGGACGUUACCCUCCGCCUUCGCCGCUUGCGGUCGCGCUUCAUCGCCGGCGGCGCGUCGCAUGGCGAAUGGAUCGAGGGUGUGCGAAACGGAAGCUGGGUCGACGGCGUGCGGGACCGUGUCGUCGAGCGCGCGGUGCGCAUGCGCUCGCGGCUGCAUGCGGCGACUGCGACUGGGGAGCGACGCCCGAUUCGGCCCCGUGCGCUCGCGAUGGGCCGGCGGAUGAGUGCUGGCUUGAUUGCCGUGCUGCCGUCACUACCCACGAAGGAGUUCGUCCUUGAUUAUGUUGGGCUGAGUCGCCCGUAGACGCUGAGUACCCGUAGACUCCGUGCCGACAGCACUAAUACACAUCGCUGAUGCCAGGCGCUUUAUGAUUCACGAUCUCCUCCAUGCCAUUUUGUUGUUGUAACGGUAGUCCAUGCAUUUGUUGUUUGUAGUUUCAAUGGGUAGACGGUGUGUACGUGUAUGAUCAUCAGUUGUUUGAUAGUCACAAUUCCUCGAAGGAUC